AUGGAGGUAUGUGUCUUUUCUAUUUUUAUUUCUUAGUGUUCUUCUAUCUGUUCAGAAUGUAAGUCCGUAUUUGGCGAUUUGUCAGAGCUACAGGAACAUUUACCGGAAUGCCUACUUGAGAGUUAUGAGUCAAUUAACUGGGAGAAUUUCUCUCCAAAUGUUUCGAUUUAUGAUGAUGGAGAAUGCCCGUAAGUAGAGGUUCUAUAUUUUCAUCCUUUUAGAGUCAGUUACAUCGAAGUGGAGACUUCAAAUUUGCAAACUGAAGACAACAGACUAUCAGCUGUCGUGAGUGUCCAGAUUCCGUGUGAAUGGAAUGGUUCUGUGUGUACUGAAAUCCCUAAGAGGGUAGCCCUUCCCGCAGUGGAUGAUGUCCCUCCAGUUAUUGUUGGAAGUGGUAGGGUGACUCUGUUGUCUUCAAGUAAAUAUUUUUAGAAGCCGUAAUAGACGGUCCUGGCUUAAGGUCGGAUACCAAAAUGAAGUGCCCGGUUUGUCAUCUGAUGCUAUAUCGUCAUAAUUACACUGUUCAUUUCCGGAUACAUUCAGGAGAACGUCCGUAUCAAUGCUUUUUUUGUGACCGCAAAUUCAGGUAAUUUUAUUAAUUAUAUAUAACUCCAGUAAAAUCUAGGACAACUUCAUCCAGGAAAGUGCACCAUCGAUCUCACACAGGCGAAAGACCUUACAGAUGCCCACAUUGUAACUAUGGGACCGUAA